AUGAAGACCAAACGGUAUGCGAAUUCCCGGCAGAAAGCCUGUCAGCACUGUUUCACUGCCAAAGCCAAGUGCGAUCGCCAUCCAAAACGCUGUGGCAGAUGUGCACAACGCGACCUCGACUGCACUUAUCCUCGCGACCGGGCCCGAACUCCGGCCGCUUCUGCCGACAGCACUCGACAGAGCCGGGACGGCAUUGUCAUCAACCCCGUCGGCAGUCUAGUCCCAUUGUCUGGGCCGCCACCCGGGUAUCUGGGUCAUAAUACCAACAGAGAAGCGCAAGUAACUCCUGGAGCACCAAUACUUGCCAUUGCAGGGCCAGAUGAUGGCACCAGUCCCACGGUGGUCUCCUCAGAAUUACCGGCGACACCAACGCCCCUAUCUGCAGCAUUGGCAGCCUCAAAUGGUCAGCUUUCGGGUCCAGAAAGUAUUUCCGGUCGUAUAGAUCUCGAACUUGUUUGCCCCAUAGACCCAGACUCUAUUGAAAGCCGCUGGCUGAGUCAGUAUGUGCCCGUGCCGGGACAACAGGUCAAAAAUUACCCAGACCACAUUAAGGCCUUCAUCCCUAAGAUCCUCGGGUCAUACGCCUCCACAGCCGUCCGCGGAAGGGGUGUCCCGCCGUUCAUCCAUCCCGCGCAGAUGCAGCCACCGCUGGCCAGGCCACCGUUGUCUACCUGCCUCAGCUUGGUCCGCAUCUGCGAGAGGUUGCUUCCAGGCAGUGAUAUAACUGCUAUGGGCGUGAUCCAGAGGGAGAUGAGCAGCCUCUACGAGACGCACGCAUCGAUGGACGAUGGUAUUACUCUGCUCUCCGCGUUCCAAGCAUACCUGCUCUACCUGAUGGUAUUGUUUUUCAGGCUCGGCCACCUCGUCGGCCCGUCCCUGCGACGGGCCAUGAUGGAUCUUCAGGGACUCGCGUCGCUGUGCAGCCGGCAGGGGCUCGUCUGCGUGGCGGAGCAGAAGUGGGCUCGGCCCAGGUGGGAGAGCUGGAUCGUCGCCGAGGCGAAGCGACGGACUCUUUACACGAUGUAUCUCUUUGACAGCGUGUUGGCUACCCUGGAGGACCUGCCGACGUUCUUCGGAACUGAGCUCCAGGGCUUGCCCGCACCCGCAGGUAAAGAUCUGUGGGAGGCCAAGGCACAGCGGGACUGGGAGACGGCAUACAACACUCAUUUGGUGGAUUGGGCCGAAGGUGGAUUGCGCAUUGAUGAGCUCUGGCCAGCCCCUUCAUGGCUAGAUGAGUCUGGUCUCGGGGAGCGUCGAAAGAGGGCGGAUAAAUGGUUGGACGAAGUUGAUGCAUUUGGGACCAUGCUCUUUGCUGUUUCCAGCUCCUCUCACAGCUCGUGA